UUUUCAAUCGGUGAUGCUUCACCUUCCAUUCAUAAUCGACUUGUGUGCCCUCGGGCACCAUUCGAUCACAUGCGCCUUCACGGCUACCUGCUUUUGCUCAGUCCGGCAGGGUUAAGCAAUGGCCUUACAAAGCAAAGAAGCCUGGAACCAAUUCUGAUGCCACGAAUGAAUAGGAAAAUACUAGCUCAAGAAUCUCAACCUCCGGUUCCUCCUCCUCGUCGUUUUCCAUCCGGCAUCUUGGAGAUCUCUUCGGAAGAGGAGUCAAAACAGCUUUAUUAUCAAAAUAGAGCUCCACAGAUGCCAGUUGCCCUGUUUCCUCUUCGUUGUCUUGUUCUUGUUCAUUUUCUGUGUUUUCAUCUUACAGCGCAAGUCGGUAACGGAAAUCUUCACGCUAAAAGUCCUCUGUGA